AUGUCGCAGUCGCGCGACAAGCAGCGUGCCUCGGACUAUGCCGCAGAGGGCCCGCCGCCGCGCAGCGAGGAGUUCCACACACCAGAGGGCGGCAGCAAGCGCAGCAGCGCUGGCGCCAACGGCAGCGUGCGCUCCAAGCUCAGCAAGUGGUCGCGCAACAGCAAGCGCGCGCACUCGCGGAAUGACUCGCAGGCCUCGAGCGCCGGCGCCGCAAUCGCCCCGCCGAGCGAGGGCGAGCGGCGGCUCUCUGGCGAGGACGCCAUCACGCUGGACGAGGACGGCGACGAGACGGUCGAGGCUCCCGCGGGCGCAUACGCGAUUCAGCCUCCGUCGCGCGCGAGUCUCGCGAUCGCCGCCGAGCUGCCUGUGCUCAACGAGGCCGGCGAGCAGGUCCGCUUCGGCGAUCUCUUUGAGAACCGGCGCACCAUCUUCUGCUUCCUGCGCCACUGGCUCUGCCCGUUCUGCCAGAUGUUCACCGAGAGCCUGCAGCUGCUCGACCCGCUGCCGCUCGAGCGCGCCGAGCUGGACCUGGUCGUGAUUGGCCAGGGCCACUGGCACGUCACGCGCGCAUACAAGGAGGUCAUGAAUGUGCCUGCGUGGAUUCAGAUGUAUGCGGACCCGACGCGGAAAAUCUACAAGGCACUGGGCAUGACGCUGCGCACCAACGACGCCGGACCGGCGUGCACGCGGCCCGAGUACCAGACGCGUGGCGCGCUGAAGGGCACGCUGAUCGCGAUGAAGCGCGGCGUAUUUGACAUGCCUCUGCGCAUGCCGGGCGACCUCAAGCUGCUCGGCGGCGAAUUCAUCCUCGGACCCGGCCUGCAGUGCUCGUUCACGCACCGCAUGGUGACGGUGCGCGGCCACCUGGAUCUCAAGCGCGUGCUUGUCCAGGCGGGCUGCGAC